AUGCCACCCUAUAACAGUAUGAUUCAUGCCAUCUCUUUUUUUUUUUUCUUCAUUUUUUUUUGCCUCUUGCUUAAAGUCAGGCGCUGUGUGAAAUUAAACGCCCCAGAUAACGGCUACAUCAAGUGUUCAGGUGAUGGAAAUAACUAUGGUGCUACGUGUGAGUUCUCCUGCAUUGGUGGCUACGAGCUGCAAGGAAGCCCAGCUAGAGUAUGCCAGUACAAUUUGGGGUGGUCAGGAGUGGAGCCAACCUGUGCACCCAUGAAUAUUAAUGUGAAUGUGAGGACUGCAGCUGCACUUCUGGAUCAAUUUUAUGAGAAGCGGAGACUGCUAAUUAUUUCAACUCCUACUGCAGCCAAUUUCUUCUACAGGAUGCAGUUGGGAAUGCUGCAGCCAGCACAGUGUGGUUUAGACCUCCGACAUGUUACUGUAGUGGAACUGGUUGGUGUCUUCCCAGCACAGAUAGGAAGAAUAGGUGUAAAGCUGCUGCCCCCAUCACUCGCUCUCCAACUCAGGCUGCUGCUGAGGAUCCCCCAUUACAAUUUCAACAUCGUGGUGAUGGACAAGCACGGAAUGGACAAGGAACGCUAUCCUUUCCCAGCAACACCAGCUGAGCUGUUUGCACUUAUUGACAAUUUUCCCUUGAGAAAAGAAGAGAUGAAACUGCAAGCAGAAAUUGGUCAGUCAUGUCCCUGACUCAGGAUUGCAGGGCUUGCAGUUGUCGGUGAAUGUUUUUAGUCCACAUAAUUCGCCACUUGGUGCUACACAAAGCAUGGCUUUUUUAAUCACUGAUGUACAGAUUUUUUGUGUGUAUUGUUAAGUCUGUCCAGCUGUGUAGCUACUCUGCAUAGAAGUAUGCAUGAUGCUUUUUUGUACUUUCAGCCAUCUUUAGACCAAUGUGUAUGUAGGAUUACUGCCCAAUGGAAUUUCUUGUACAGAGAGUGAAGAACUGAGGCACGUUUCUGGGAGUUUAUUUUGGAUUUUUCAUUCAGUGUAAAAUUGAGGUUUCUUUCUUACUUUUUACAAGUUUACAAGUCUUUUUAUUAAUAAAAUAUUGUUUUGCA